AUGUCCAUCUCAAACAGCUCCACCGCACGCACUGCAUUGCGCUCCAUCCCUUGCCCUCCGUCCCUCAACGUCAUCGCAAAAUACCAAGUCGCGUUACCGGAAUUUCCUUUCGCCAUUGCACGGCCAUACAAUGCCACAGCUCGUACCGCGUCACGUUCCACACCUUCUGCACCUUUUUCGAGCAAAACACCGAGGUUCACCAUCACAUUGACGUCGUCACCCUUCUCGAUUGCGCGCUCAAACAGCUCCAUAGAUCGUGUCCUUCCAGGCGGAUGA